AGACCCCAAGUUGGGCUCAAGUAGUGUCUCCAGCGGCUCUGGGCUGCGCCCUCGUCGAACUGAUUGCACCGACUUGCCGCUCACCGUUCGCGCGAAAUGGACUCAUUCGCGAGGCAUGUUUCAUCUCAGUGGAUACAAAGUGGCGUCCACGAGGCCACCAGCAACGAUUGCGACUUCUCCAGCCCGCAUAGAGCACGCAGUGGCACCAGUAAGGGUGCUCAUACGACCGCGUCAACGAUGGAGGUAUUCGAUAAUUAUUUCGAGACGUACGCGGACCCUAACUCAUUGCAAUCGGGUUUAGAUGCGUCGUUGCCCCGUAUGCUGUCCACCUUGCAGUCGGUCACCACGGAGUCGCUUGUCCCUUUGCAACCUUGCGGCGGCGAGUCCUGGAAGACCGUUGACGAGUUCGACCACCCGCGCGGGCGUCUGCGGGCAGAGACCAGAGGCAGCCACCCAUCCGAACACGCUCAGCAGUCAGCCUGGGUUGGCCUUGGCGGCGCCCCCUCAGCGGCCGAGGCGCGGCCGCCAUCUCAGCCCGGAGGCGUUCCGCUGCUCCACGGCCAGCCGCUGCCGCCAGGGCAGGAAGGCAUCCCCAUAUGGAAGUCGAGCGGCGGCGAGUCCUGGAAGACCGUUGACGAGUUCGACCACCCGCGCGGGCGUCUGCGGGCGGAGACCAGAGGCAGCCACCCAUCCGAGAACGCUCAGCAGUCAGCCUGGGUUGGCCUUGGCGGCGCCCCCUCAGCGGCCGAGGCGCGGCUGCAAUCUCAGCCCGGAGGCGUUCCGCUGCUCCACGGCCAGCCGCUGCCGCCAGGGCAGGAAGGCAUCCCCAUAUGGAAGUCGAGCGGCGGCGAGUCCUGGAAGACCGUUGACGAGUUCGACCACCCGCGCGGGCGUCUGCGGGCAGACCAGAGGCAGCCACCCAUCCGAGAACGCUCAGCAGUCAGCCUGGGUUGGCCUUGGCGGCGCCCCCUCAGCGGCCGAGGCGCGGCCGCCAUCUCAGCCCGGAGGCGUUCCGCUGCUCCACGGCCAGCCGCUGCCGCCAGGGCAGGAAGGCAUCCCCAUAUGGAAGUCGAGCGGCGGCGAGUCCUGGAAGACCGUUGACGAGUUCGACCACCCGCGCGGGCGUCUGCGGGCGGAGACCAGAUUCAGCCACCCAUCCGAGAACGCUCAGCAGUCAGCCUGGGUUGGCCUUGGCGGCGCCCCCUCAGCGGCCGAGGCGCGGCCGCCAUCUCAGCCCGGAGGCGUUCCGCUGCUCCACGGCCAGCCGCUGCCGCCAGGGCAGGAAGGCAUCCCCAUAUGGAAGUCGAGCGGCGGCGAGUCCUGGAAGACCGUUGACGAGUUCGACCACCCGCGCGGGCGUCUGCGGGCGGAGACCAGAGGCAGCCACCCAUCCGAGAACGCUCAGCAGUCAGCCUGGGUUGGCCUUGGCGGCGCCCCCUCAGCGGCCGAGGCGCGGCCGCAAUCUCAGCCCGGAGGCGUUCCGCUGCUCCACGGCCAGCCGCUGCCGCCAGGGCAGGAAGGCAUCCCCAUAUGGAAGUCGAGCGGCGGCGAGUCCUGGAAGACCGUUGACGAGUUCGACCACCCGCGCGGGCGUCUGCGGGCGGAGACCAUGCCGCGGCGCUCCGCCGCCGAGACGGGGCUCGCCGCAGGCCCCCUGGGCGAGUGGUCCGUGCCGGCGAGGUCGGCCCACGCCAGGGCGGAGCCGGACCGCGCGGCGCGGGCAGGAGCCUCCAGUGGCACGUCUGGGGCCGCUAGGACGUUGCAGGGCAUGCGGGCCCGGCUCCUGGAGCAGGAGCAGCUGCUGGCCGAGGCCGAGCAGCAGACCCAAGAGGUCCGGCGGAGGAUUUGGGAGCAGGAGGCCGACCUGCUGGAGCUGGAGGUUCAGCAGGGCGAGCUCGCGGGCAGCGUGCCAGCGCCGACCGAGGAGGCAGUGCCCGCCACCCCCGGCGCUCCGGCCGUCACCACGGUCAUGAUCAGCAACAUUCCGAUGGCUGUGGCGCAGAAUGACCUGCUGGACCUCAUCAAUCGGGCGGGCUUCGCGAACAGGUACGACUACGCCUAUAUGCCGAUCACUUUCGAGGCCGGGACUACAAAGGGGAUCGCGUUUGUGAACUUCGCCACCCCAAGGGACGCCCGCGAGUUCUCGAAGCAGUGGAAUGGAGCGACGCUAACUGGGGCUGCCGGAGCUAGCACCAAUGGGGCCGUGAUCGAGGUCAGAGCGUCGGCGCUGCAGGGCUACGUAGAGAACACCAGAAGGUGGACUGCGAGCCGGCUGCGCCGCAUGAAGAACCCCGAGUUCCACCCCUUCAUCGUUCCGAGACCAGCUGCCUGAUAAACGCUCGGCUGACAGUUUCAUCAUGUUGGCGGCACGGGAUGAGAGAGAUGUGGGUGCUGCGCGGGGGGGCGACGGGAGGGAGGGGAUUGAAAGAGGGGGAGCCGUCCCCGCUUCUAGUUUGAGUCCCAUCGGAGUCGGAUGGAUUUGCCCUGGGACAGAGUCUCACCAUUGUCCCGCUUCACUAUUUCGCCACAGCGGCGGUGCAGCCUCGUGACGCCUGAUGUUCAUCCGCCUGCUUCAGCCAUGAGUCCGGUAGAGGGAGCCGAGCAGGAUGGCGCUUGUUUGACAUCGGCGGGAUCCGCAGAGUGGCGUCGUGAAGUAUUUUUUUGGAAUGGCAUAGCCAUAGGUCGUCGGAUCUAUCAUCAAUCAUCACCUUGGUGCCGCACGAGCGCAAAGCUUGACUGAGUGGUGGUUAAGGGUGGAGCCCCUGUCCGGUCGAGAAACUGGGGGGAGAGGUGGUGAAGAAAGAUGUGCCCAUGAUCUGUUGUACGCUUUGCUUCCUCUGGGGCUUCUGCAUAGCUCGAGCUACAGGUUCGGACAAGACUUUCCCCUCUCCUCCCUUCCCGCUUCUCCUCUGCCUCCUCUGCCUGGCCUCGCCUCAUCCUCUUUGCUCCAGCGCAGUAGUUCCUAAUGUGUAGUCGGCGCCUGCUGCUCAUGGUUCUUCAGUGAUUGUGUGCAAGGCGACGAGUGGAGCGAGUCUCCUCGAGUUUCAUGCUUUUCGCAGCGUUUAACAGUUCCACCGUGCAAGCAACCAGUACCAGUUUAAAUGGCGUGCAAGGUGAACUAAAUUUAUCUCUCCAGCAACAGAGUUUGAUCCGCGUGGACUGCGCCCAUUGUGUCCCAUCAAACGGAGGGCGGGG